AUAUAUGCAUAGAACAAAUCACUCACGAACAAAUCAUCACUAUCCAACAAAAACCCUAAAAUCACUCUGUCAUCUUUCACGAACAAAUCGUGCAUCAUCGAGCGCCAUGGCCACCGUCUGAGCUUUCUUCCGUCGAGAUUUUGAGCUCUCUUCUCUCUGCGAUUUGAACGUUCAUUCGUCACUUCUUUAUGCUUAAUAAGUCACUUCUCCCUGUGAUUUUGUAAGAUUUGAGUUCAUAUCUGCGAUUUUGAAAGCUUUGAGUUCAUAUCUGAGCUUCUCUCUGCGAUUUUGUGAAAGUUGAAGCACUUGUAAUUCAAGGACCAAAACUUGCCAAUGUGAUGAGCCAAGUUAAGAAAUUGGAGGUCUCUAUCUUGCUACUAGGCCAAAAGAAGCCAUCUUCUUUCUUUAGCUGGGAUCAAAAAAGUGUUGACUUCAAAAAAAUUGAUGCUCAUGUUCACCUGUUUAAGGAUAGCAGUGCAAAGAUUUUAUUGACUCCAUUCUGAUGUUUACCAUCGCAAGUUGCUGAUAAUUCAAGAUGCUCGUGGUACGAAAGCUCAAAACAGGACCAGAUCGCCCAUUUCUUUUAUGUUUCUUGACUGCUAAUUAUAAUUAUGGCACAUCCCAAGUUUCAAAUAAUAAAAGUCUACAAUCUAUUGUGAAGUUUGUUUGCCCUUGUGCAUCCAAGUCAAGUUCAAAGGCACUGCUAUUUGGAUUUGAGAAUAAAUUCUUCCUUCAAAAAUUAUAUAUCUCAAGUAUGGCUGAAAGAAUCCUGGUCCAGGCUCAAGACCCUGCCAAAGUUACGAUAGAAAUACAAAAUGCUAUUGAUGGCAACCAGUUAGAUUAUUCUUGGAAGUUACUUGAGCAGCAUAAGCACAUGGAGGGAUUUCCUAGAAAAUCUCUCUUCAACAUGAUUAUAACUAGUUAUGUGGAAAGCCUUGAUACACAAUGGCUACAAAAAGCUUAUGAAUUGGUACAACGUGCCAGUGAAGAUGGUAGAGUAGACUUGUUAGAGAAGGAGGUUCUUAUCUACCUUAGCUUUGGCCUUGCAAAAGUUAAACUCCCAGUUCUGGCAUCAACCAUUUUAAGAAAGAUGAUUGAUAUGGAGCAUUUUCCUCCUGUUACUGCUUGGUCUGCAGUUUUGGCGCACAUGUCACAAACAGCAGAUGGAAGUUUCCUUGCUGCUGAGUUGAUUAUUGAAAUAGGUUAUUUAUUCCAAAACAACAGAGUGGAUCCUCGUAAAAAGUGCAAUGCACCUUUGAUUUCAAUGAAACCGAACACCAAUGCUUUUAAUAUUGCGUUGGCAGGGUGUCUCGUAUUUGAGAAAUCUAGGAAGGCAGAGCAGCUUCUUGAUAUGAUGUCUCGAAUUGGUGUCAAAGCUGAUGCAAACUUACUGAUAACAAUGGCACGUGUAUAUGAGAGAAAUGGGCGAAGAGAUGAGCUUAUGAAGCUGCAAAGGCACAUAGAGGAAGCUCCAAACCUAACUGAUAUACAAUUCCGACAGUUCUAUAAUUGUUUGCUUACAUGCCAUUUGAAAUUUGGGGAUCUUGAUUCUGCAUCCAGCAUGGUAUUAGAGAUGCUUAGAAAAGCAAAAGAAGCAAGAAAUUCUCUUGCAUCUGCCAAAUUCAUGUCUGAUGCAGCUAAAAUUGAUCUGAACUAUUCUCCUAGACCUGCUUCUGUGCAUAGCUUGAGCAACAGUAAAGAUUUGGAGAGUGUCAAAGAUGACCAGCUAUUAAGAAAUGAGGUGUUAUCUUAUGAGGAGUUCUCCAGAGAUCGAAACUUCUUAAAACUUGAAGCGGAAUCAAAAUCUGUUCUUGAUUCUUUAUUUUUUAAAUUGCAGGUGCAGGUUGAUUUGAUUACAACCAUACAUGGUAUACUGCAACCAACUGAAAUAAUUUUUGUGAAAUUAGUUAAAGCUUUUUUAGAGGCUGGUAAGACCAAGGACUUGGCAGUUUUUCUUCUCGAAGCAGAAAGAGAAGACUCCCCAUUUUCCAAUGACAAUUCAGCCUUGGUUCAUGUUAUUAAUUCAUGCAUAUCACUUGGAUGGUUGGACCAAGCACAUGAUCUCCUUGAUGAGAUGCGUCUAGCUGGAGUUAAAACUGGUUCAUCCGUAUAUGCUUCUCUUUUGAAAGCAUAUUGUGCAGCAAAUAGGGCUGCAGAUGUCACGUCACUUCUGAGAGAUGCUAGGAAGGCUGGUAUCCAGCUUGACUCAACCUCUUAUGAGGCCAUGAUUCAAUCCAGGGUGCUCCAGGAAGACACACAGGGAGCACUCCAACUAUUUAAAGAGAUGAAAGAAGCUAGGAUUCCAAAAGUUAGUCAACAAUACUCCGGCGUGCUGGCUAAAAGUGUUACAGAGACAGAUGAAGCUGCACUGAUGACAAAGCUGGUGCAGGAAAUCAAGGACGGACAGGAAGUGGAUUGUGGAGUUCAUGACUGGAAUAAUGUAAUCCACUUUUUUAGUAAGAAAAGACUAAUGCAAGAUGCGGAAAAGGCUUUAAAGAAGAUGAGAAGCUUAGGUCACUCACCUAAUGCACAAACUUUCCAUUCUAUGGUCACUGGGUAUGCUGCCAUUGGGGGAAAAUAUCUGGAGGUAACAGAGCUGUGGGCUGAGAUGAAAGGGCUUGCUUCGUCGUCCUCCAUGAAGUUUGAUCAGGAACUUCUGGAUUCUGUGUUGUAUACAUUUGUGAGGGGUGGAUUCUUCAGUCGUGCCAAUGAAGUUGUGGCAAUUAUGGAAAAAGGAAAAAUGUUCAUUGACAAGUACAAAUACAGAAUGCUAUUCUUGAAAUAUCACAAAACACUUUACAAAGGCAAGGCUCCAAAAUUUCAGACAGAAUCACAACUAAACAAAAGGGAAGCAGCUCUGACUUUUAAAAGAUGGAUAGGCAUGAUUUGAGAAUCACAACUACCCCAUUUUGUCGCACUCGACCCCGCCCUCGCUUUGACAUUUGUUUGCUCUCGUUCGACAACAAUUUGUCUUAGCUCAACAUUGGUUCGCCCCACUCAACAUCUGUCUACCGAUUAUCGACAAUAGUCUACCCCCCGCUCGGCUGUGGAUUCGAGCUCGACCGUGGAGUCGAGUGAGGUUGGAUAAAAAUCAAGUGGAAUAAAUGUGGGGCCUUAAGCAUUUAGGAAGGUGAUCUUGAAAGAACUUAAGCAGGAUAAGAGUCAAAAAAGGGGAAAAGGACAGUGUUGGCGGGGCCACCCCAAACUGGCCCACAAUUCCCGCGUGAAGACGUAAAGCGGUUUUACUAAAGCCCCACGGACCCAACAUAAAACCUGUUAAUUUCCUUUUGUCCAGUUCCAUCCAUGUAAUAGUAGUAUUAGUAUAUGAUCACUAACAUUGUUAACAAUCCAUUAAAACACUGUGAAAUGGUAUUUUUGACAUGACAAUGUUCCUUUCCCCCUGUUCCCAUCGAUUCCAAAAGUACAUGUGAAUGGGAAUGCUUAUUGCACAAAA